GGAAAUGGUAACGGAAAUGGAGGUGGAGGUGGGGGCGGGGGUGGAGGAGGAGGGGGUAGUGGUGGCGAUCCCCAGAGCUCCCAGAGUAUGCUUUUUUAUUGUAUUUUUUUUUUGGCGCUAUGUCUUCAUUUGUGUUUCUUCAGCUCUUGACCCCGCGGUCAUCGCGACGGGCUUCGAAAACGACGGUCAAGGUCAACCUACGGCUGGCCAGGUCGCAUCACUCACCUCAUCGAAUAACUUCAUCAACUUCUGCUUGACGACCCCCAAUGCGCCGAUCACCAAUGGCCAGCAGAUCGCUGGUGGGUCAUGCAAUCCCGCACCUAUGGGUUCCAUCCCUUCCACGGCGAACAUGCCCUCCGCUAAAUUCACCAAUCCGAAGAACCUCGACGUCAUCCCGCCGAACCAGGCGUUCACCGUCUCUCUUGCCAUCCAAGGCAUGCAGACGGGGAGUUUCACCAAUGCCCAACAAAGCUACUUUUCCGCACCCCAGCAGUUAAACGCACAAGGGCAGAUCCAGGGGCACUCCCACAUUGUCAUCGAGCAGCUGGACUCACUUACGCAGACGACGCCAACAGACCCUACGAAGUUCUCGUUCUUCAAGGGACUGAACGAGCCAGCUAAUAACGGCAUCCUCACUGCGGACGUGACCAAUGGUCUUCCUGAAGGGACAUACAAGAUCUCGACGAUCAACAGUGCGGCAAACCACCAGCCAGUCUUGGUGCCUAUUGCACAGCAUGGAUCUCUUGAUGAUGCAGUCUACGUGCGUUCAUUCCCGCGACACAUGUUUGCCAUGCACUCAUCAUCCAUGUAGUUUACUGUCAGUAAUAAUGCUAACGCUAACGGUGCCGCGGCCGGUACUGGAAGUAGUUCUGCAGCGCCUUCGGCAGUUGCGAGUGUAACUGCAACAAGCUCUGCUGCUUCAUCCACUGACACCUCCGGCCAAGGUAAUGGAAGUGGGGGCAAUGGAGGAGGAGACGGAGGUAACGGAGGCAAUGGAGG